AUGAGCGCAGAGCAUGGACAGCAGCAGCCGUCGGGGGGCCGGAGGGGCCGUAGUUCUGGCGACAAGAAGUCCAAAAAGCGCAGCCGGCGCAAGGAGACCUACUCGAUGUACAUCUACAAGGUGCUAAAGCAGGUGCACCCUGACAUUGGCAUCUCUUCCAAGGCCAUGAGCAUCAUGAAUUCGUUUGUGAACGAUGUGUUUGAACGGCUGGCUGGCGAGGCUGCCCGGCUGGCCCAGUACUCGGGCCGAACCACACUGACCUCCCGGGAAGUCCAGACGGCCGUGCGCCUGCUGCUGCCCGGGGAGCUGGCCAAGCACGCCGUGUCCGAGGGCACCAAGGCGGUCACCAAGUACACCAGCUCCAAGUGACCCAGGACCUAACGUUAAUAAAGGGUGAACUGCUCCCGCACACUGUGGUCAUUUGAAAAGGGGAGGUGUGGGGCGCCCGGGUGGCUCGGUCGGUGAAGCGUCCGACUUCGGCUCAGGUCCUGAUCUCACGGUCCGUGAGUUCGAGCCCCGCGUCGGGCUCUGGGCUGACGGCUCAGAGCCCGGAGCCUGCUUCCGAUUCUGUGUCUCCCUCUCUCUCUGCCCCUCCCCUGUUCAUGCUCUGUCUCUCUCUGUCUCAAAAAUAAAUAAACGUUAAAAAAAAAUUAA